AUGAAGGCAUUAGUGCUCACCCUCCUCUUCCUCCUCCUUGCAGCCAGCGAGGCCAUAGAAUUUACCAGAUGUGCACUGGCUUCAACUCUGAAACAGCUUGGACUGGAUGGAUAUCACGGCUACAACUUGGAGAACUGGAUCUGUAUGGCUUAUCAUGAGAGCAGGUACAACACCCAAGCUGUGGGGCCACCAAACUCGGAUGGCAGUCGCGACUAUGGGAUUUUCCAGAUAAACAGCCGCUGGUGGUGCAACAAUUACCAGGGAAUUACAGCUAAUGGCUGCAAUACACCUUGCAGCGCUUUCACCGAUGAUGACAUCACCAAUGAUGUUGAUUGUGCUAAGAGAAUUGUGCAGGAUCCCAAUAAGAUGGAUGCCUGGGUUGCCUGGAGAAACCACUGCAAAGGAAGAGAUCUGUCAGAAUGGACUCGUGGCUGCAAGCUGUAA